GACAUACUGUAGUUCGCAAAAAAUAGACACGAAGUUGGCAGACUAGCGCGCUGAAUCCCGGAAUCCACUGCACUCCCUCGCAGCUGCGUGCCGCCGCCCUCUGGCAACCGUCCCCCGCCGCUCCUUCCGAAGGAGAUUGGGAGUCUCCCGCAUCCCCGUCACCUCGCCCUCCGCACCCUCGCCUCCUCCCGCUAUCUCCACUCGCGCCUUCUUCUCUUCCCCGUCUCGCCACGCGCUCUUCACCUCCCGCCCGAGAGUUUACGCGCCUCGCUCCUGCCCCCCUCCACCGCAUUCUCGCUCCGCCUCCUCUUCCCGUUCCCCGACGUCAACCUCUCCGCGCGCCUGCUGCCUGGCGGAGCUGGUGCCUGGCCGAGCUGGUGACUGGCGGAGCUGGUGCCUGGCGGAGCUGGUGCCUGGCGGAGCUGGUGCCUGGCGGAGCUGGUGCCUGGCGGAGCUGGUGCCUGGCGGAGCUGGUGCCUGGCGGGUUGAAAGAGGAGGUGCGCAGUGCACGCGCGGCCUGCCAUGGCUCCCAACGACCAGGACCCCCUCCGCUCCCAGUGGAGGGAGGGAGCCCAGCGCUGCCGGAGCAGGAGAGGGUAGGAGCAGCACAGAAUGGGGGGCGGUCGCUGGGGGAGGUGGAGGAGGAGGCGAGGGAGCAGCUGGGCUCGAGCGACUUGCUCAUUCUGCUCAACUGGGGGUCACCAGGGGUUGCAGAGGGGCAGCUGGCAGUCGACUUCUCCGCGCGCUUCAACCGCAAGCCCCACCCCAACAGCGCUCUCGAGCGAAUGAUGCACGCGGAGUGGCAGAGGCGCAGAGCGCGGCAGCCCUCGCUUUACAAUGGGUCCAAGUUCCGAUACGGAGGGUUCUCGCUGCAGCCGCCAUCCGCUGAAACCCUCCCGUCUGCUGCUGCGGCGCCAGAUGCACCUGAGGGAGCUUUGCAGGGCCGCCCACGUGUGUGCCUGCACCUGGGGCUCACGGACUACAAGAGCCUCAUCACCACCAACCUCUGCUCUGAUUGGCGAAGCUUCCUCGCAGCACCCCUCUCAGGCAGCGACCCGAGCAAGCGCCUCAAGACAGACGAGGGCGGGGGCAGAGAGGCAGCAGGAGGGGGCAGAGGGGAGGUGGACGGAGGUAUGGGGAGAGCAGAUGGAGGCGCGGGGGGGGGUAGCAGUAGCACUGAUGCCAGUGGGGUCGACGCCAGUGGGGUCGAUGAUGGCGGGGCAAAGGCUGAUGCGCAACAGUGCACACAAGCGGAGCCCUGUGGACACAGUGCUCCCUGUGCCACGUGCCAGCAGGCCAUAGGGCAGCGGGACGCCCACGCGUGUCAGUACAUGGGCGACGCCCUGGGCAAUGCGGCCUUGGUGGUGACGGCUGACAGGCGCUUCCUGCUGCUGCAGAGAGGCACCGCCGUGGGUGAAUUCCCAAACUGCCCUGUUUUCCCAGGGGGACACCCAGAGCCGUCCGAGGCGGGCAUUUCUGCCCCGCCACCAGCGCCGCCUGCCCACUCGCCCCCCGCUGGCCCUCUGUCACUGCAUGAUGCCUCGUCCACCUCUCCCCAAGCUCCACCCUCCCCCUCUGACUCGUCCUCCCCCUCCUCCGCGCAACUGAACGCCACCAUCGCGCGGGAGAUGUUUGAGGGCAUGAAGCGAGAGGUGGAGGAGGAGACGGGCACGCCUGCUGACUCGCUGCGCGGCAUGCUGUUUCUGGGGCUGUGCCGGCGCCGCGAGAAUGUGCGCUCGCUCGCCAUGUUCCUCUGCCACUCCUCGCUGACGUCAGCGGAGGUCCUCUUGCGCUACGCCUCUGCGGAGCACAAGUUUGAGUCCACCGGCCUCAGGGCCGUGCCGCUGGUAGGGCAGUCAACGGCUGGUCCUCUCUUCCUCACCUGUUACCGUGUAAUCAACGGCUGCUCCUCUCUUCCUCACCUGUUACCGUGUAAUCAACGGCUGCUCCUCUCUUCCUCACCUGUUACCGUGUAAUCAACGGCUGCUCCUCUCUUCCUCACCUGUUUCCGUGUAAUCAACGGCUGCUCCUCUCUUCCUCACCUGUUACCGUGUAAUCAACGGCUGCUCCUCUCUUCCUCACCUGUUACCGUGUAAUCAACGGCUGCUCCUCUCUUCCUCACCUGUUACCGUGUAAUCAACGGCUGCUCCUCUCUUCCUCACCUGUUUCUGUGUAAUCAACGGCUGCUCCUCUCUUCCUUACCUGUUACCGUGUAAUCAACGGCUGCUCCUCUCUUCCUCACCUGUUACCGUGUAAUCAACGGCUGCUCCUCUCUUCCUCACCUGUUACCGUGUAAUCAACGGCUGCUCCUCUCUUCCUCACCUGUUUCCGUGUAAUCAACGGCUGCUCCUCUCUUCCUCACCUGUUUCCGUGUAAUCAACGGCUGGUCCUCUCUUCCUCACCUGUUACCGUGUAAUCAACGGCUGCUCCUCUCUUCCUCACCUGUUACCGUGUAAUCAACGGCUGCUCCUCUCUUCCUCACCUGUUACCGUGUAAUCAACGGCUGCUCCUCUCUUCCUCACCUGUUACCGUGUAAUCAACGGCUGCUCCUCUCUUCCUCACCUGUUACCGUGGAAUCAACGGCUGCUCCUCUCUUCCUCACCUGUUACCGUGCCUCGCUGCUCGCUGAGGCUCGCUCCAUGCCAGGCUGUCACAUGGGCGGCGCUGUGUUGGCAUACUGCCACCUCGCCCUGCAUGGCUAUAUCCCUGCAAGCACAUGAGCUGCCACGGGCAGCUGGUCUCCAACACGCCCCCACAUCCAUGCCCUUGCCACGCCCUGCCAUGCGGCCACAUUCAUGCCUUGCCACGCCCUGCCAUGCGGCCACAUUCAUACCCUUGCCACGCCCUGCCAUGCGGCCACAUUCAUACCCUUGCCACGCCCUGCCAUGCGGCCACAUUUAUGCCCUUGCCACGCCCUGCCAUGCGGCCACAUUCAUGCCCUUGCCACGCCCUGCCAUGCGGCCACAUUCAUGCCCUUGCCACGCCCUGCCAUGCGGCCACAUUCAUGCCCUUGCCACAUUCAUGCCCUUGCCACGCCCUGCCAUGCGGCCACAUUCAUGCCCUUGCCACGCCCUGCCAUGCUGCCACUUCAACCGCCCCCUGUAUGGCUACCUCGCGCAUCCAUGCGGACUGUCUUGCGGCCUCAGUGCACAUUUGUGCUGCCAUGCCAUGCUGUCACCUCACUUCUCAUCUCACGUCAUCCUUUCUUUCCGCCGCAUC